AGUGCUUGUCAUCCCCUCUGUGCCCACCCCCCUCCCUUCAUUGCUUGGACUGCUCCAUUUCGCAUCUGAAAAAAUCAGAUAGUUGGUGAAGUGUUCUUCAUGUCAGGGACUGCUGUAGCCUCAGCACACAGAAUACUGUAGCUCCUGGAUCACUUAAGAGCAAACAAAUGGACGACAAAGAGUUCAGUGAUCCCCUAAAUAACGUAUCACUAAUUAAAGAUGACUUGACCAGGUCCAACAUGGGAUCCUCUGGUGACUCAGAAAAAAUGAUCAAGCAUUUAAAUGAUGAUCUUCGAGAUUCUCAGGAGCUUGCUAACACUGAGAGACACAAAUGCAUGGAACUAAAAGGUAUCUUGGAUGGAGAGAGAAAAGAAAAUAAACAACAAGCUGAUGAGUCUGCAAAACAGAUAAAACAUCUUCAAGGCCAGCUGCGCCAGCUCCAGGAUGAAAUGGGCGUUCUCAAGGGGCAGAUGGAUGUUUCCUCCAGCUCACGUGAUGAGCUAAAAAGUGCACGUGAUGAGGUGAAGUCCCUGAAACGUGCCCUGGAGUCAGCCACUGCUGAGAGGGACCGUGACGUCACUGCUAUCCAGACUAACCUGGCAACCGCCUCGAAGGAUCUGGACAAGUGGCGUCAGACUGCCAGCAAAUAUGAGCAUGAGAUUGAAAACCUGCAGCGUGACCUUCAGCAGCAGAGCAAGCAGUGGCAGAAAACUGCAGAGAUACAAGCCAGUGAGCUGCAGUCCAUGCAGGUGGAGUGUAAUGGGCUUCAGAAGGAAUGCUCUGUCCUGCGAUCAGAGAAACAGGACAUGGUGAAUAAGCACCAGAAGGAGAAGAUUAGUCUGCAAAAUGAAUGUGCUUCCCUCAGGGCUGAGAAGGAGGAACUCUCCAAGUCCAGCCUGAAAGAGAAGACCAACCUGCAGAGUGACUGUGCAGUACUGCGCUCUGAGAAAGAGGCAGUGCUGCAUAAACAGCAGCAGCUGGAGAAGGACCUUGCCAGUUCCCGUGCUCAGAAUGCUGAACUGAGCAACAACCUCAAAGCCCUAGAGAGAUCCCAGCAGGAGUUGGAGAAGAGGCUGGCAGCCCUGCAGCUCCAGCACCAGCAGGAUAGCACCAAGUGGCAAACCCAACUGGAUGAGGCAGACAGUAGCAACAAGGCUCUGCAGAGAGAGUACGAGGAGACUAAAACUGAGCUGUCGGACCUGACGGAAAAAUAUGAGAAGACUGAGCAGGAGACUCAGUCGCUUGCAGAUGAACUUGAGUCGUGCAAAGCCAACAUGAAGGAGCUCCAGGAGAAAGGAUCAAAGACAUCCCUAUUGCUGCCUGCACAAGCCAUAGUCAUCGGCCUUUUCCUGGCUUUGCUGUAUUGGUGCUUCGGUGCAUUGUGGUAGUAAGAAAGCGUGGAUGAUCUGGGGGCCGGCGGUCGCUGUGGCUCUAACGGCAGUGACUGCUGCUGCACUCUUCAGAACCUGAGGGCCACUCGCUCAAGCACACACACAAGUGAAUCCAUGUUUGUCAUCAACUUUUGUCUGCACUAAAACUGAAAAACUUGCCCCCUCAUCAUAUCUGCACUAUUAAUUAGGAGGGCUCCUACUUAACACUGUUUGAUUAUUAAGAUGCUCUAUUUUAGAUUGCAGAGACGUUAAUAAAAGAAUGUGAGUUUUCGUGGAAAUGAAUACCUUCGCUUGUAUGUUUGUUAUGUGAAGAAACAGUUUUGGCUACUAUUUUGACUUAUAGGAUUAUCCUUUAAUGAAUGUAAAGAGACUCUACACAAUUAAUUAAUUCUGAAUAUAUAUGAUGGUAUUUUUGGAGUUUAAACCUCACUAAAUGUAACACAUCUCUGUAAUUGUCAGAAUAAUAAAUAUGAUCACAAUAA